UGAUUUGAACUUGGCCCGUGCUGGUAGCUGCCAGCCAGCCCAGAACAGGACAACACAGUGUAGUGGAGAUGGUAAUCACUGCAUCUCCCUGAGGAGACCCCAGCAUGUGAGGUGGUCCCAGGAGAAGAAUCAUCAUGGAAACGAAGUGGAAACUGACCAGUGCACUCAGACACCACUCAGUGCCAACAGUGGCGGGAUAGAACAGACAGAGCUAACUUUGAGGACCAGGGAGGAGAGUCACGGCCAACCUGCAGUUCUGAACAAGAACCCCAACCAGACCUGGUUUACAUCCUCCCUUUCCUUCAGACUCUCCUCUCAACACAGCAAGAAACACGACCUGGAAAAACUAGAGUCCACAGCUCAGAGGGAACACUGUCUACACAGUUCUCAGGGACCUGUAAGGAACACACCUAUAGCUCAAGCACAGGUGAAAAGAGAAGUCUCACCAUCAUAUUAUUUUAUACCAGCCAAUCGCCCUUCAGAGGAAGAGGAAGUGACAUCACUUCCUUUUAAAGAGGAAGAGGAUUCCAAGACAGCCAUGUUGUCCUCCACGCUGGUGUCGGUUCUCGCCCCGCAGUGGAGUGGGAGAAUACGCAGGAACAAGCGGGGCAUGGCCGGUACGGACAUUGGUGUGGUUGGCACGGCAACCAGUGAGUCUGGACAGGAAACCCAAGGUAGCGGACAGGAAGUGAGCAAGGGGGGUGUGCUUUUGAAGCCACAAGUCCCUCUCGAGACAGACUCUGUAGGACAACGACGACAACAACAGUUUCUGGAGACCCAGAACCAACGUGUUGGGGAGAGGGGGUUGACCCUUGGAUCACAAGUCCAUGAGAGGGCUUCAACACUGGGUAGCAGCAGAAGCACAGUGGGGGGCUGGUAUGAGGGAAGCACCCCCAGCCUCAAACUGGACAACCCAACAAAGGCCCCAGUUUCUAAGCCUGUCUCUCUGGAUGUGAGUUGGGGGAGGCUGGUCAACAGAGGGGGAGAGGGGGGAGCUGUUUCCCCUGUUACUCCCGACCUGCAUGUACACAAGGGAAUGCUACAGGCUAGUUGUCAAGGAGACCAGACAUCAUUGCUGAGUUCCAAACCAACAACCAGUAGCCUUCUUUUCUCUCUGAGAAGGCUCAACACUGUUGCGAGCUCUAUCCACUCAGAAACCAAUAUCUCCUCUCCAACCAAUGACAGAGAUGGAGAGACUUCAAGUCCACACCUCUCUCCAACCACAACCAAUUACAAAGCAUCAGAGACAAUUAGGGCACACUUUUCCUUAACCUCAUCCAAUGAUGGAGCCAGAGAGAGGUCCAAGUUCCUCCCAAAUUCAGCUUCUCCAACUUACAGGACAAUAGAGAGAUCAAGGCACCUCCCCUUACCAACUUCCAAUCACAGAGAAGCAAAUACACACAGGACACAACUAUUUUCAACCUCGCCCAAUUACAAAGACACAGAGGGCAUACCCUUUACCAAACUUCCCCAGACUUCCAGGGCGUAUCCCAACCCAACCUUCCCCAGUAAGCAGACUCUUCUGUUAAGUGGUCUAGAGAGACUUUCCCCCUCAGAGAGACCAGAUGGAACCACAGUUCCCAUCAGUGAUACUCAUCUUCCUUCCUCUCCACCGUUCCAAUAUGACCACCUGGAUUUUCUAAGGAGCCAGUCUCUUCCCAGAGGAACCACCCUGAGAUCUACUAGCUGGAGAAAGCACAUUACUCUGGAGAACAGUGUGUCUAAUCCCAGUUCCCCCCUCAGUCCCACUACCACUAUCAACAACAACAACAACACAUCCAGCCUCUCAAGCACUUCCAGAAAUAAUAACACAGGCCCCUCUAGCACCAAUGAUAACACUGGUGUCAAUCCCCAAAUCAGCAUCAAUAACAACAAUAAUUUAGUCACCCCCAACAAUACCAACCUAAACCGCAAUACUGUCACUGGCAAACACACAACUCAGAGCACCCUUAAAAGGACUUAUGCUCAAGAUAUCCCAGACCAGGAUUCCUAUAGAAUACUCAAAACUCAGGAUUCCCUUAACUCGAAUGACCGACAAUCACAAAAGCCCUAUUGUUUGUCCAAUAUCUCCUUCAGCUCUAACAACAGUAGCCCAGCUAGCUCGAGCACUUUGAGUUUCCCAAUAAAGUCCAGCAAGCCUGAUCGCUACAGUAGGCCAUCUAGUUAUGACACCAUCUACACCCCUCUGACCGUAUUUAGCCCCAAGACUUCAACCAGCUCUGAAACCAGUGACACUCAAUCCUCCCUCAGUAGUCAUAGAAUCCUUUAUAAGUCCCAUUCCCCGAACCCCUCUUCCAGACAGCUCUCCUUACAAACCAGUAUCGCCUCCACAUCCCUCAGUAGCCACAGACCCCUCUAUAGUUCCCGCUCACUCAAUACCACCAGCUCUAUGAGCCAAGACCCCCAAAACAGCCCAAAAUCUCCACCCCCAGUCGUCAGAAGCCAGAUUCCCAUAGUGAGUAACACUCACACCCCCACAUCCCAACUGCAGGCCCCUAAAACUGCUUACACGCCUACCACAACUCCCCAACCACUCCUACUUAAAACCGGCUACGUCCCCAGUAUCCCAACCCCGACCCGCUACACCCGACCGUUGUCCCCAGCCAGCUAUAGCCCCAUAUCCCUGAGUAUCCCCACCACCCAGGCCCCCUCCACCCUUCCCCUCUCCCCACCCAGCUCGUCCCCUCUGGUGAAAAGGACGUUCAUAGGCAGCCUAGACCUCUCCCCUAAGAAACACCAGCCCCAAGUGGAAGGGAGGGUAACAGCACAUAGAGCGUGGCAGGAGUCACAUUCACCUCAGAGACCUCUGUCCCCAACCAGACCCCUCCGUAGUGUAGGGGGUCCCGCCAUCUUCUCCUCCCUGAGAUCGAGCAGCCCAACCUGGGCUACGUCACCUUUGUCUCCCCCAACCCCCAGGACCACCAAACUACAAGUUUGGAGGGGAACCUCGAUGCAUAACUUAUCCAUAAUAUCUGAUACAUUGGUGAAGGAGGGAGGGCAAGCUCUCUCAGAGCGUGUUAGCGACCACACUUCAAACUUCACAUUCAACCACACAGGAACCGACUCCACCGCAAUAGGACCACAGAGGGAGACCGCUGCCCCUCUCUCCCUUCCAGAUUUUGGGAGCUUUUCCAAGCCACGAUUUAGCUCCCCGCCCUACUCCACACUCAAGUCUUCACGCCCAACACUGGGUGAGGUCACACACACACACACAAACUCACCCCAACCCCUUCUCUCACCCCCUACCUCACCCCAACACUACCCCUUCUACGGCCAUCACAGGGCUAGGUCACAGGACAGUUCAAAGGUUGUUGCCUUGGAAAUUGAUUGGGUCAACAACAACUCCAAACAGACCAGUCAAGAAAAUGUUGAGACACUUGUGUACAGGAUUUCUAAAGUUGAUUCCUCUGCCAUAUUGGACAGUAUUAGGCCUGCACAGCCCUGUUUUCCUCGACACACUCCAGACAAACGAGUCGUCACAGAGAUAAAGUCCAAUGAACUCUGCCGUCUACCAUUACAACACAGCCAGGUGAUUGGAAGUCCCAGCUGUCAAUCAUACCAAAGCUCCAAUGACAGUGGAGCAUUAGACACUGAGAAGGAUGUGUGUAAAAGCGAGAGUUUGCCUAAGAGUGGAGUGGCUCCAUUACAAACCCAGAGCCCAAAGAAAGGCUUAUUCUCACUGAGGGGUAAGAGAGACAAUGUUGUUGCUACACCUGCUGCCAAUCUCCCUAGAAACCCAGCGAUGCCUCAGUCUGAGAAACCAAAGAACGAGUCAGAGAAGGAGCAAAAGGAAAGUAACAAAAUAGACCUGGUGCUGAGUCGACUCCGGCAGACCUUCAGAGUCAAACGUCUCGAUGACGAGAGGACGAAGAGAACACCCCAGCCACCUUCUGUCAGAGGAGCCAGUGACAUUAGUGAUGUCACUGAGAGCAGUGGUUCUAGCGAUCGAGAAGAGAAGGAAAAAUGGAGGGAGAAUGAUGGCGUUCACAAACCUUCAAACUCUUUCUGGGCUGGCAGUGAGCACACGUCAGAUAUGACGAAGGAAAAUGUUAGACGUGAACACUCACAGUUUGAGGGUUUUAAAGACCAUACAGAGGCUAGAAACAGAGACCAGCCUUGUGUUAUGGACCUUCCUCAAUUUGAGUCUUACAAGGACGAAAGCAUCACGAAACCCAAAGACCAACCUUCUAGUAGCGAGAUCAGCCCAACAAGGCGGCAGUUUGAAGCUUACAAAGAGGAGAGGAUCAGUAGAGCCAGAAAGCAACCUCCUCAGAGAGACUUCAGCUCCGUUAUGCGUCAACCCUGGGACCCCAGCCGCUCUGCAACCCUCCCUGCCUACAGAACCUCCUCAGGCAGCCCCAGAAACACUUUCUCUGUCUUACACUUCAGCCAGAAGGACUCUGAGAACGAUAACGUGUUCCACGUUCCCAGGAUUCCUCAGAGGAAGAAGACCACCUCUCUCUGUGAGCCAGGGGACAGGGAGUUUGGUUCCGGAGAUCAGCGUGGCAGUGAGGGACGUCUGGCCUCCUUCUCCUCCUGUGCUGAUCUCAAAUAUGGUCUUGAGGCUGGGCGUUCCUUCUGUGUGACUUCUGUGCUCUCUAGCCGACCUUCGGGUCCUGGACGCAUCUCCUCAGGCCCUAGCGUCAGCAGUGUCAGUGACCUCACUUACCCCGCUCUGACCUUUGGAGAAGAGGUCAUGACUUGGGAUGACUGUAGGGUCAAAGGUGAUUGGACAAUACCAAUGUGGGACACACACACAACCACUGGCCACAAAACCACAGGUGACAGCCAAGCUGUAAAUGACUGGUCUGUCGUUAGUGACAGGACAUCCAGAAAUGAGCGCAAAACAAUCAAAGCUAAUUUUAUAAAUCCACACAAGGCUAGAUCCAAAUCUCUACCCAGAAAUGUAUCCUGGAGUUCAGAGUUCACCGCCCCAUCUCCAACCUCCACCACCACUGGCCGCAUGUGGAACCAUGGCAGCCUGGAGACCUCUCACUCCCUGUGGGAUACAGAGGGUCCUCCAACCCCCCCUCCGUCCCCAGCCUCCAGACGCAUAUCUCGCCCUCCCAGCUCCUCCUCUGCCUCCCCCACAGACAGCAGGGCAUCACCGGACAGCCUGUCCCCUAGGGGGCGCCUACCCUCCAGGGGCUACGUCUCCAACCUGGCAGUCUUCGAGGAGUCCGACUCAGGCUCUGACAUGGACUCUGACACAACCACAGAUGAUGAAUACUACCUGGCAGGUGAUGGCGGUGAGAAGGAGACUGAACUGUGAGAAGAAAUACUGUAUGGGAUGCAUCUCAAUAGUCUAAAGUGGGUCUGUCUGUCUCCUUUUUGUCUCCUUCUAUAGAAAGGAUACUUACUUACACACCUAUUUAUGCUCACUAAAAACAGACUUGUUAAGUGGGCAUAGCUCUGGGCCUCCCGAGUGGCGCAGUGGGCUAAGGCACUGCAUCGCGGUGCUAGUUGUGCCACUAGAGAACCUGGUUCGAGUCCAGGCUCUGUCGCGCCUGUCCGUGACCGGGAGACCCAUGAAGCGGCGCAAAAUUGGCCCAGCGUGGUACGGGUUAGGGGAGGGUUUGACAUGCAGGGAUGUUCUUCUCCCAUCGUGCACUAGUGACUCCUGUGGCGCGCCGGGUGCAGUGCACGCUGUCACAGUGUCCAGGUGUACGGUGCAUCCUCCAACACAUUGGUGCAGCUGGCUUCUGGGUUAAGCGGGCAUUGUGUCAAGAAGCAGUGUGGCUUGGCUGGGUUGUGUUUCAGGGGACGCUUGAGUUGCAGCGAUGGGACAAGACUGUAACUACCAAUUGGAUAAAAUAAAAAGUGCAUGGCUGACAGUAAAGAAGUCAACACUGUCAUAUCACAGGUUAAAGUCAUGCUCUUAUCCUGGGAUCCAAAGAGCAGCUCAUCAUAUGAACUCUACACCAUAUCCAAGAGCAUGGCACUUUGUUUUUUUGUCAUGUUGCUUGGAUAUAUGGGCCUCUCACUUGACUUUCUCAUGUCUGAUAUUUGUUUAGUUAUCAGUGGGAAGUGUACUGUAUAUGCUAGGUUAAAGGUAUUUCCUCAUCUGCUACAGAUUAAAUGAACAAAGGGCUCUAGCUAUGAAGCUAUCCUAUCCUGUUUUAAUACUUCUGCAGCUGUUCUAACCAUGUCCUUUAUUCACAAAGCGUAUCAGAGUAGGAGUGCUGGUCUAGGAUCAGGUCCCCCCUGUACAUAUGAUCAUAUUCAUUGUGAUCUGAAGCCAAAACGGAUCUUAGGUGAGCACUCCUAAACUAAGACUCCUUGAGAAUACGGGCCCUGUUGUGGUAGAGUCCUACACCCGGUGAGAGGUAUACCUACCAUACUCAGUUUGGCUGGGGUCAUAUUUCAUUAUCAAGUGCUGCCUAUCAAUAUGCUUUAAGCUAGCAUGCUAUAUGAUAUGCAAGGUAAAUAUCUUUGAAUGUUUUAAUUCUCAUGGAAAUCAGUAUUUUCUAUUUUGGUUGUCUUGGAAGGUUUUCCUGAAAUGCGUAUGUGUGCAUUAUAAACAGAUGAUUGUUAUUCAAAUUUUGUGAAUUACUUUUUGUGUAAUUCAACAAUUGUUUUUGGAUCAAGUAUAUGGUAAAUAUAUUGUGAAUUAACAAUAAACCAGUUCUAAUUCUG